AUGAGCAACUUAUUAGGACUUUCAUAUUAUGACGAAGAGGAAGAGGAAGAGGAUCAACAACAGCAGCAAAAUGAAGAAACCUCUAUGGAAUCUUUUUCUGUUUCAAACGAAACAACAGAACAAGCAGUAAAAAUUGAAACCUCACCAGUAUCAAACUCUCUUACCACUCUUAUUCAUCGACGAUAUAAUGAACCUAAUGCUGCCGCCAGUAUAAGUACCUCAACACCAGAACUUCAAACUCCAUCGGAAAAUAGACAACAUGAGAAACAACCACCGCCACAGAUACCUAAACCAAUACCGAAUGUCGAGAAUUGGGGCAUACCCGCUGAACCAGAUGCUGAAUGUGAUCAAAAUGUGCAGACCAAAAUUGAACAUUUUCUCCAAUUAAAAGAACAAGGGGUAUUAUUCAACGAAAAUCUUUUGAAAAGCAAAGCAUUUCGUAACCCGCAUAUAUAUUCCAAAUUGGUAGAAUUUAUUGAAUUGGACGAAAUUGGUUCAAAUUUCCCCAAAGAUGUUUUUGAUCCUUAUGGUUUUCCGCGUGAAAUGUAUGCCGAUAAAUUAGCGGAAACGCAGAGAAAAAUAACAGAGGAACGUCAAAACGCACAAUUACAACAACAGCGAACUCAUAUCCAAUUUGUUGGCUCAUCUGGUAGUUCGACAGGAAUAUCGAAAUCACGACAUGUAAUGCAAAGUUUAGCUGCUAGGGCCAGUGGUACUACCACAUCAUCUUCUAUGGCGUCAACAACCACUUCUAAUUCUGUUCCUUCCGGUGAGAAUGUUGUCAAUAUGCUUUCAAAUAUUUCCAUUACUUUAGUUAGAUGUAAAAAGCGAGCAAGUAAAUGGGACGUUCCUGCAGCUGCUUCGGCCCCAGCUGCUGCUUCAUCUACCUCUUCAAGAUCUAAUGAACGUCGUAAUACACAAGAAUUUCUUGAAACAAAAUAA